AUGGGCAGCGACGCAUUUGUGAUAGAUAACCGGAAGGAUCUGGUGGUGGUCGUCAAUGUCGUACUCUCCUUUUCGACCCUGUCAGCCCUUUCACUCCGCUUCGCCAAAGUCACAGGAAAUGCAAAGCAAAGAAAGUUCGAUGCGCAGAACAUCAUGAUCUGUCUAGCAGGUUUCUGCGGAAUCAUGAUGUCUCUAUUACAAUGCAUCGCGACAAAGUAUGGUCUUGGUAGUCAUGAUUGGGAAUCUGAUACAACGGACAAGAUCAAAUUCUACAAGUUAUACAUCUCUAUCUUCGUCUUCUAUUUGGCCUGCAACAUGUUCGUCAAGUUUGCUCUGCUCUUCUUCUACCGCCACACAACAUAUGAGCGCUGGCAUCACUGGGUCAUCUGGUUCAUGGAGUUUAUCGCUUUUGCUUUCGGUGUCAGCAGCAUCCUGGUCAUCAUCUUCCAAUGUGUCCCAAUUGCGCACCUCUGGGAUAAGAACACUCCUGGAACCUGCAUCAACGUCAAGGCUUUCUUCUACUCAAACUCGAUCAUCAUGAUUGUGAACGACAUCAUUCUCUACGUGUUGCCCAUCAUCUUCACAUGGAAGCUUCAACUUCGCCUCACCCAGAGACUCGUUCUCAACCUUCUGUUUGCAUUGGGUGCAUUUGUCGUCGCUGCCAGUUUCAUCCGCCUAUAUGUCGUCUACCGCUAUGACCAAGAUGGUGAUCUUUCAUGGAACAUCGCAUCUUGCCUCAUCUGGUCUUCGGUCGAGAACCACCUCGCUGUCUUCAUUGCAUGUUCGCCAUCGAUCAAGGCAGUCGUCAGUGGUGUGCUUUACCCACUUGUCUCAUCGCAAGUCUCAUCGUUCAAGGAUAAGAUCAAGAGGUCGAGGGGCAGUGAAGGUGGUAGCUUGCCGACACACAAGUCUCCUUCCCUCACCCUAGCAACUAUCGGCUCACGCCCCAGCCGUUUUGCGCAAAAGGUUUCGAGUGCGUCAACCGCGGACAACAUGAAAUGGACUCCAUUGAGCGAGCAAACUCCGAGGCAACCCUGA